AUGGGCUCCGAUGAUGGCAUGAAAUCUUUGAGACCUGACAUUCUUGUGAUGACAAACAUAAGCAUAUUUCCUGAGGACCCAAUUGAGUUUUUAACCAUUGGUCUGCUGAAUGUGAACGUUCCCAAGACCAAGAAGACCUACUGCAAGAACAAGGAGUGCAGGAAGCACACCCUUCACAAGGUCACUCAGUACAAGAAGGGUAAGGACAGCCUGUCUGCCCAGGGAAAGCGCCGUUAUGACCGUAAGCAGUCAGGAUAUGGUGGUCAGACCAAGCCUGUUUUCCACAAGAAGGCAAAAACCACCAAGAAGAUUGUGCUGAAGCUGCAAUGCCAAAGCUGCAAGCAUUACUCCCAGCACCCCAUCAAGAGGUGCAAGCAUUUUGAAAUUGGUGGAGACAAGAAGGGCAAGGGAACGUCUCUUUUCUAAACUACCUACUGGAUACUGAAGUUGUGGGUCUACUGUGCUUCAUACUUCAAUGUUAUUAGGAGCUUAAUUUAAGCAGACCAUAUCAUGUAUUCAAGUACUCUAGCAAGGAUUGGCUUUCUGCUGAAUCAAGUUUUGUUGCUUAAUGCUCAUUGAAUCCAAUGUGAUGCAUGUGUUUAUGUUGCACUGCAAUUUUGUC